AUGGGUCUCUUCAAAAACUACCGUGUUUACAUCCUCACGGCGGUGGCCUAUUCAGGCUCCCUGCUCUUCGGAUAUGACACGGGUGUGAUGGGCAGUGUCCUUUCACUGACCAGCUUCAAGGAAGAUUUCGGACUCCCGACUGGCUCUUCCGGGUUUGCAUCGUCCAAGAACGCCGACAUAUCGUCCAAUGUCGUAUCUCUGCUUACCGCGGGCUGCUUCUUCGGCGCCAUCUUCGCUGCUCCCCUCAACGAGCGCAUUGGACGACGCUACUCUCUUAUGAUCUUCUGCGCCAUCUUUCUUGUGGGAGCGGCCAUCCAAGUUGCCUCCCAGCAUCACAUUGGGCAGAUUUACGGCGGACGUGUCAUCGCCGGCCUAGGCAUUGGAGGGAUGUCCAGUAUCACACCCGUCUUUGUGAGCGAAAACUGCCCCGCCAAUAUCCGUGGUCGGGUUGCCGGCAUGUUCCAGGAGUUCCUGGUUAUUGGAAGCACCUUUGCCUACUGGCUUGACUACGGCGUCUCCCUACACAUCCCCACGAGCACAAAGCAAUGGCGUAUUCCUGUCGCCAUCCAGCUGAUCCCUGGCGGACUCAUGCUCAUUGGACUGUUCUUCCUGAAAGAGUCUCCCCGUUGGCUAACCGGCAAGGGCCGCCACGAAGAGGCGCUUCAGUCCCUGGCAUACAUCCGAAACGAGCCCGAAGACAGCGAAGCGAUUCAGACAGAGAUAGCUGAAAUCCGAGCUGCCAGCGAAGAGGAUGCCGCGGCCACUGAAGGGCUGACAUUCAAGGAGCUCACACAACCAAGCAACCUCAAACGCUUUGGCUUCGCCUUCGUUCUCAUGUUUUGGCAGCAAUGGUCCGGCACGAAUUCGAUUGGGUACUACGCACCUGAGAUCUUCGAAACCAUCGGCCUUAGUGCCACCAACUCGUCUCUGUUUGCCACGGGUGUAUACGGAACCGUCAAGGUCGUCGCGACGGCCAUCUUCCUGUUUGUGGGUAUCGACCGCUGGGGGCGCAAGCUCAGUCUGAUCGGGGGCGCCCUCUGGAUGGCCAGCAUGAUGUUCAUCAUUGGUGCGGUCUUGGCCACCAACCCCCCCGACACUAGCUCCGGGGGCGUCUCGCAGGCCUCCAUCGCCAUGGUCGUCAUGAUCUAUCUUUACGUGAUCGGCUACUCUGCAUCCUGGGGGCCGACCCCAUGGGUGUACGUGAGCGAGAUCUUCCCCACGCGGCUACGUGCAUACGGCGUCGGCCUCGCCGCCACCUCGCAGUGGCUGUGGAGUUUUCUCGUCACAGAAAUCACCCCCAAGGCCGUCAACAAAAUCGGCUGGCGCGUGUUCCUCAUGUUCGGAAUCUUCUGUGCCGCGAUGAGUAUUUUCGUCAUCUUUUUUGCCAAAGAGACCAAGGGUCGCAGCCUGGAAGACAUGGAUGCUCUGUUCGGCGCUGUCGACGAGAACGACCGCCGCGAUGCCGUGAAACACUCGGUGCACAAACGCGGCUCGACGCACAUCGAGGACCUGGACACGGAGGCCGAGCGCGUUCGCGUCCGCAACGAAACUGACAAGGUCUAG